CCAUGUUUUUCUUGGACGCAUAUUACCAUCAUAGUUUGAAGACAUCGACCUGGAGCCGGCCGUGCUCGCGAAUAUUAAGCGCAUGAAAUACACUGAGCCCACACCUAUCCAGAAAAGUGCGAUCCCUAUAUUGCUCAAAAACUACGAUCUGAUGGCAUGUGCCCAGACGGGAUCUGGAAAGACGGCCGCCUUUUUAGUGCCUAUUAUCUCAAAUCUCACCAAGAAGAUCCUUUGUGGUAAAUUGCAUAUGAUCCGCCGCCAACCUGGACAUGGCCACGGCAAGGCUUGUCCCAUUCUUAUGGUGAUUCUGCCAACCCGAGAGCUGGCAAUUCAAAUCUUCGAAGAGGCGCGUAGAUUCGCAUACAUGACGCCGCUCCGUCCUGCUGUGAUCUAUGGUGGCGCCAACAUCAACGUGCAGAGAGCACAAGUCACCCAAGGGUGUGAUAUUCUAAUUGCAACCCCAGGCAGACUGAGGGACAUGAUCGAGCGAGGAACAGUGUCGCUGACCCAUGUGCGCCACGUUGUCCUCGAUGAGGCGGAUCGAAUGCUGGACAUGGGCUUCGAGCCCCAGAUCCGGUCAAUUAUGAAGCAUUCAAGCCUCCCUCGCGAUGAGGGACUCCAGACGCUGAUGUUCAGUGCUACUUUUCCCAAAAUGAUCCAAGUGCUCGCAAGAGACUUCCUUCAUGAAAACUAUUGUCGCCUACGGAUUGGGAGAAUCGGCGGCACGACGGAUGAUAUCACGCAAUCGAUCUUGCACGUUAACGAGAUGGACAAACGAGAGGCCUUGGUUCGCAUUCUGCUCACCCAUCCCCCCUCGCGAACCAUGAUUUUCGUGGAGACUAAAAGGACAGCGGAUAAUUUGGAUGACUUCCUAUAUAACAAACUGUUCCCGACUUGUUCUAUCCAUGGAGAUCGAACCCAGAGCGAGCGCGAGCAUUCUCUGGAGGCAUUCAAGUCGGGCAGAAGCCCCAUCUUGAUUGCCACGUCAGUUGCCUCGCGCGGACUCGAUAUCAAGGAUGUGAUGCAUGUGAUCAACUACGAUCUUUGCGUUGACAUUGACGAGUAUGUGCAUCGAAUUGGUCGCACUGGUCGCGCAGGCAACCCUGGUUACGCCACAUCGUUUUAUAACGACAAGAGCGUGGCAAUGGCCCCGCAGCUGGCAAAACUCUUAGCGGAAUGCAAACAAGAGGUGCCAGAUUUCCUGGCCGGGUACAUUGAUUCGAAUACUACCUAUGAGGCGGAGGACUUCUUGGGCGACGAUGAUGAAGCUGAACCCGUUGGCGCUUCAGCAGCCAGCGGUACCAGAGCUCCAUUGGGAGCCUGGGUUGACCAAGCUACCGGCAAUGAUCCUAUUCAAGCAGCGGCCUGGGAUGCUCAUGCCACCAACAGUCCACCUGCUCAAGCAGCAUCCUGGGAUUCGCCUGCUUGGGCAUCAACGGGUACUUCUGCUACCAGGGAUGCUGAGAUGGGCGGCUGGAACGGAAGGAACGAGGCCACGACCAGAGGCGACGGUUGGGGCUCCAGUGAAAUCAAGGAGGUCUCGACUAAAAACUAGCUAGAAUUAAGCCCGAGAGGGUUUGUUUUUCUCACUUGCGCAUGGUACAACACCACAACACCACAACAUUGCACAACGGCACCAUCAAUGUGCUCAGUAUGCUGAAGAUGAACAGGACAGGACAAGGGUGGAUUGGAGACGGCAUGGUCCUCUGUUUUA